AAAUAAGAAAAUGAAGAAAAACACGAACACGCGGUUUAUGUUUGGUGGACAAGAUCGUCCUAGAAAAGAUAAUUUUAAAGGACGAAGCGGAGAGAAAAGAAAAAAGCAAUUACUUAGCAUAAAAGAACGUAAAGUUGACUCACUUAAUAAAGAAAUUGCUGAUAUUAGAAGCAGAUAUGCACAGAUUGAACCAAGUAAAAUUAGCAGUUUCACAGACUUUCCAUUAUCAAAACGAACUUUAGAAGGUUUGAGAAUAGCUAAAUUUGCCUCACCAACAGAUAUACAAAGAGAAUCAAUAGGACUGGCACUGAAAGGAAAUGAUGUACUGGGAGCCGCUAAAACAGGAUCAGGAAAAACUCUAGCAUUUCUUAUUCCGGUGUUAGAAUGUUUAUUCAGAGAAAAAUGGAGUCACAUGGAUGGGUUAGGUGCUUUAAUUAUCUCCCCUACCAGAGAGUUAGCCUACCAGACAUUUGAAGUGUUAAAGAGGGUUGGAAACAGACAUGACUUCUCAGCUGGGCUUGUCAUUGGUGGGAAGCAUUUACGAGAAGAAACUGUGAGAUUAAAUAGGACAAACAUAGUGAUAUGUACUCCAGGCAGACUAUUACAACACAUGGAUGAAACUUUCAACUUUACAGCUGAUUCUUUGCAAAUUCUUGUUCUUGAUGAGGCAGACAGGAUUUUAGAUAUGGGUUUUGCUCAGUCAAUGAAUGCCAUUAUAGAAAAUUUACCAUCAGAAAGACAAACAUUGCUAUUCAGUGCCACACAAACUAAAUCUAUCAAAGACUUGGCAAGACUUAGUUUGAAUAAUCCUGUUUAUGUUUCUGUUCAUGAAAACGCUGCUCAUAGCACACCUACGCAACUUGAACAGAGUUACAUUGUAUGUGAGCUUCAUGACAAGAUGAAUAUUCUAUGGUCAUUUGUGAAGAAUCAUCUGAAGUCUAAAGUCUUAAUCUUCAUGUCCAGCUGCAAACAAGUGAAGUUCAUCUUUGAAUGUUUUAGAAGAUUUCGACCAGGUGUCACUGUACUUUGUUUACAUGGUGGAAUGAAUCAGUUAAAAAGAGUGGCUGCUUACAGGGAAUUCUGUAGAAAGAAACAUGCUGUUUUAUUUGCCACUGAUAUUGCUGCUCGAGGAUUAGAUUUUCCUGCUGUUAAUUGGGUAAUACAGAUGGACUGUCCUGAGGAUGCUAACACAUACAUACACAGAGCUGGGAGAACAGCAAGAUAUGAGAAAGGAGGAGAGGCCAUGUUGCUAUUGUUACCAUCAGAGGAAGAAGCCAUGGUCCAGCAUUUAAAAGAUAAAAAGAUACCUGUAGAAUGUAUUAAAGUUAAUUCUAAGAAGAUAUGGAGUAUACAGAAUAAGUUAGAAUCUAAUUGUGCAGCUGACCCCCAUCUGAAAGAAAUGGCACAGAGGGCCUUCCUUGGAUAUUUAAGAUCAGUGUUUCUGAUGAGUGACAAAAAAGUAUUUAAUGUCCACAAGCUUGAUAUAGAGGAAUAUUCAAGGUCUCUUGGAUUGGCAAUAGCACCAAAGGUUAGAUUUUUAAAGAGAGACCAGAAAAGACUUGAAGAAAAAGCAGCGAAAAUUAAAAAGAAAAUAAAAGAUAAACAAGUGGAAGAAAGUGAAAGUGAGGACCUUUCAGAAAGUGAAAGUAGACUGCAUCCUGAAAUAGCAUCAGGGUCAGAAUCAGAAAGUGAAUCAGAUGGAGACAUUGCCUCUGAAAACGAUUCAGAUCAGAGUGAACAAAGUGAAAGUGAAAGUGAAAAUUCUCAUGUGACUAAAAAUAAAUCCAAACAAGAAAUGAAUUUUGAUGUUGAUGAAGACGAUGUUGAUGAUCUGUUCACUGUAAAACGGGUCGAAUUAGAAGACGAUUCAGAAGAGGAGUUGGAAAAAAGUGAAAAGAAAGAAAAAAUACUAUCAAAGGCAGCUCUAGCUAAAAAAUUAUCAAAGCAAAAGAUCACAGUGAAUACAAAGAUACAGUUUGAUGAUGAGGGAGAGGAAAUAGAGGAUAAAUUGAAGAAACCAGUUGUAAAGAAAACAUUUGAGGAUGACGAGGACGAGGGUGGAAUAAAUAUACAAGUUGCUAGGCAACGUAUGAUGGAGGAAGAUAAGUUUGAUAAACAACUGUUCAGAGAGAGGAUCAAACAAAAACAUAAGGAAGAGAGAAUAAAGAAAAAAGAGAAAAAUAGAGAAAAGAAGAAAAAGAAUGAUGAUAAUGAUGAAGACCAGGAUGAUGAGGAAGGUGUACCAUUUGAAGGAACCGAGGACACAGACCAGCUUAUAGCAGAGUUACCUGACCCUGACAAGAUAUAUGGAAGAGAAAGUGGAGAGGAAGACAACAGUGAUGAAGAAGAAAGUGAUGAUGAAGGUCCCAGGAAGAAGGCUAAGUUUGACUCUAAUUCUGAUGAAGAUUCAGAGAGUGAAUAUAAUAGUGAAAAAGACAGCGGUGAAAAUGAAGAAGAUUCAGAUGAGGAUUCUGUUACCAUGGAUACUGGAUUGUCAAUAGAGGGAGAUGAAGAAUUAGCAUUAAAAUUAUUAAACAGCUGAGAAAAUAAA